UUUCACAGUUUAUCUAACCUGAGACCAGCUUUGCAAUGGAGGAAAAGCAGGGGUAAUAUGGUAAUUCCACGUCUAAUUAAAGAUGGUAGAGAAAAAAUAAAAGAGAAAGAGCAGCGGUUGUUUGAUUCAAUCUGCGACAAGAACACCCCAACUCAAAUCCACCUCCCCAAAUAUUUCCAUUCCCAUUUUUUUUAAUUUACUUUUUUCUUUCCUAUUAUCACUCUGUGGUAACUCCAGUCCAAGUACAGAUUUUGGAUUCAGGUUUAUUCCCAGAGUAUGGAGUCAUAAUUUUCACUUCUCUUCUCUUCCCUUCCACGAUGUCGACAUUAUAGAUAAACCCCAGUUUCUAAUCUUUUUGAAGGAAUUGCAGCAAUAGAUUCUCGAUUUUGCGCCAUGUCUGCUAAAUCGAAAUCUAGCUUAUCUGGAACUCCAAAUGCUAAAGGAUCACCGGCAACUCCUCGAAUCAGCAGGGGAGUUGCUAGGCCUAGUGGAGAAGCGAUUUCCUCGUUGCAAAAUGGCCGCCUCUCCAUGGAUCGAUCCCCGGGAUCAGUCACGCCCAAGGCUAAAAUGGAGAGGAUGUCCCCUAAGCCCAGCACCCCAACUGAUAGAAAGCCAACACGUAUGGUGAGGCCGUCUUCGGAGCUUCAGGUGGAGCUGAGUCAAGCGCAGGAGGAGCUGAAGAAGGCGAAUGAGAAGUUGGAUUCAGUCGAGAAGGAAAAGGCGAGGGCUCUUGAUGAGGUGAAGGAAGCCCAGAGAUUGUGUGAUGAGGCGAACAAGAAGAUUGAGGAAGCUCUGCAGGCUCAGAAACGAGCGGAGGAGAAUUCUGAGAUUGAGAAAUUUCGGGCGCUUGAGAUGGAGCAGGUGGGGUUUGGGGCGAAUCACGUGAAGGAAGAUGAAUGGCGGAAGGAGUUGGAGGAUGUGAGGAGCCAGCAUGCCGUGGAUGUGGCUGCGCUGCUGUCUGCGACUCAGGAGCUUCAGAAGUUGAAGCAAGAACUGUCGAUGACGUCUGCUGCGAAGAACCAGGCACUGAGCCAUGCUGACGAUGCAACAAAAAUAGCUGAGAUUCAUGCGGAGAAGGUCGAGGUUCUGUCUGCUGAAGUGAUCCGCUUGAAAUCUGAGCUUGAGUCGAGGGUGGAGAUGCAGGCCGUUGAGAACAACGAAUUGGUGUCAGGUUUAGAGUUGGAGAUGCAUUCUCUUAGACAAGAACUUGAACAAGCGAAGCUUUUUGAGGAGGAAUUGACCCGGAAAGAGGCAGCAAUGGAGCAACUCAAUGUUGAUCUCGAGGCUUGGAAGAUGUCUGAGUGUUAUGCGCAUAAUCUAGUGACGGAGCUUCAUCAACGAGUCGAGGAGCUAGUGUCUCAGGCUGAGCAAGCACGUGAAUCAGAAAAGUUGGCUUCAGAAUCUCUUGGAACCGCUGUGAAGAAACUAGAAGAGAAUAAUGAACAGCUGCAUGAAGCAAAGUCUGAAACCAAGGUGCUUAAGGAGAAGCUCGGUUUGUUGGAGUUCUCGAGCGAUAGACAGAAAGGUGACUUGGAGGAAACUGAGCGUAGUCUUCAGCGAGCUAUUGAAGAAUCUUCUGAACUGGUGAAGAAGGUUGAAGUGCUCGAGUCUGAACUCGAAGUCGCAAGAGAAAUGAGAAGCAUUGCAUUGAACAACGAAAACAUCGCUGCUGCUAGCCUAGAAACACUGUUAGAAGAGAAGAGCAAACUCGCUAAAGAGCUGGAAACAUCCAGAGACGAAGAGGAGAAAAGCAAGAAGGCGUUGGAGAGUUUGGCAUCAGCAUUGCACGAUGUCUCUUCGGAAGCAAGAGACGUGAAGGAAAAGCUAAUCUCUAGUAAAGCUGAGAAAGAGAGUUACGAAAGAGAAAUAGAGGAUCUGAAACUGUCUCUGAACUCAACGAAUGAGAAGUAUGAAAGUAUUAUCAAUGAUGCAAGAAAACAGAUUGAUGCUCUUACUGAUUCAGUCGAGGAGUUGAGGAACGAUUGUGGUAACUUGAAGGCCGAGUUGGAGCAGAAGGAGCUAAACUUGGUGAAUACCACGAGGAAAUCUGAAGAGGAGAAGUCCUACAUGGGAAACGAAAUAAAUAGGCUGAUGGAUUCAGUUGAACAGUCGAAGCACGAUUAUGGUAUCUUGGAGGCCGAGUUGGAGCAGAAAGAUCAAGAUUUGGUGAGCUCUGUUAGAAAGUUUGAGGAAGAGAAAUCCCAUAUGGAAAAAGAAAUGAGCAGGCUGAUUAAAUUGCUUGAACAAUCGAAUCUUGAUUAUGAUAGUUUGAAGGCCGAGUAUGAGCAAAAGGAGGUAGAUAUGGCGAACUCAGUGAAGCAGUCUGAAGAAGAGAAUGUUAGCAUGAAAAACGAAGUAAGCCGGCUGGUUAGCUUGCUAAAACUGGCGGAGGAAGAGUCGUCUGUUACGAGAGAGGAGAUAGGGCGGUUGAAUAAGUCCUUCAGCGAAGCUGAUUCAGAGGCGACGUACCUAAAGCAUGUACAUGGCGAAGCGAAGGAGGAGAAUGCGAGGCUGAAAGAGUGUUUAAAUGAUAUGGAAGGCCGACUGCAGAGAAUUCUUGCGGAGAAUGAGGAUCUGCGCAGAAGGGAAGCAGCAUCUCAGGAAAAAGCCGAGGAGCUAUCCAAGUCGCUCGAAGAAGCUCUGGCCAAGCAGGAGGAGAAAGAAAGUGGCGACCUGACGGACUGUGAGAAGGACUAUGAUAUGCUUCCGAAAGUGGUAGAAUUCUCCGAACCAAAUGGUACGAGAGACGUGAGGCGUGCAGCCGAGCCCCGGUCUCAACCAAACGAGCUGCCUGUCAAGGAGAAGCAGCAAGCUGAAGCUAACGAAGUCGAGAACUCGAAUGGGAAAUUAAAAGAUGGCGAACAAAACGCAGAAUCCACAGAAGUCGACCUCAAGAUGUGGGAAAGCUGCAAGAUCGACGCGAAGGACUUCUCUCCCGGGAGAGAAACGGAGCAAGAAUCGUUCGAGGAUGAGCUAGACCCGAAUGGGCAAGGCGCUGAUUUGUAUGAUCACGUUAAUGAGGCAGUGUCGGGUGAUAGCGCCGGGAACAAUGGGAGCCCACCUUCGAAGUCAGGCAGUCAGAAGAAGAAGAAGCCUUUGCUGCAGAAGUUUGGAAGCCUGCUGAAGAAGAAGGGUAGUAGCAAUCACAAGUGAUAGCAGACUUAUAUUAUAUCUCUGUUUUAGGGAGGUACAGUGAAUAUUUUUCCACGUGCAAUAUUGAAUUUGCUUUUGGUCAUUUGCUUCAUUUUUUGGUUCCAAUAUUACCCCUCUUAUUAUAGGUUUGUCCUGAAAACUUGAAACUGGAGAUUUGUAUCAUCAUCUUUAGCAUAUCAUUUGUCUGACAAUGUAAUGUGAUUUAUGUUGUGGAGAUACCCCUUGUCUUA